GCUAAAGCGGCAGGCGUGGUCGCAUUUUCCACAAUAACAACACAAGGAAAAUUGCGAGCAUUAGAUCUGCACAUGAUUGGUCGCCUCUUGGAAUUAGCUGCUGAUUUUCACUGCAGAGAACUUCAGAUAAUGGCCUUCAAGGCAUUGACGAAUAUUGCUGAAGUACCCAAAGGACGAUGUAUGAUGUUCAGGUGCCAUAAAAUCUUCAUCGAAAACAUUGAUACGUGCAAAGAUGAAACCACUCAAAGGCACAAAGAAAUUUUGCUAAAAACUAUUGACUGGCAACCCUGAAUUAUUGAACCCUGCGUCAAAUGUAUCAUUAUGUUUGCAGAUUACUGAUUCUUAUCUGCAAUGAUAACGAUUUUUUAUUUCCAUGACAUUAUUUCAAAAUCUUUUAUUAUCCUACUAUUCCAGACCAUUUUCACGCAAGUCUUGCGCAUCAAAAGAUGGUGUAAAUUUUCAUCUACUUGGAGAAGAAUGAUUAUCUUUUUCGUAAUUACGAGAUUGCAUGCUGCAUUUUUUUAGAUCACAUAAUGCGCCGAUAUGCUGUCCACCAAAGGAAAUAGAAAUCAAUCAUUUAGAUAGACAAAUGGACACGAAUAUGCCACCAGUUUGAAUUAUACACCUUCCUAAUGUCUGCAGUUGCGUGGGCUUUUGUGAAAUUCUUAGUAUGUACCGAUCGAUCGAGAUGGAUAUAGCUAUCUACAGAACAAAUGAUAUCGAUGGUGUUUGACAGCCUUCUGGUUUCCACCCAUCACGGCUAGCAAAAUUAAUUAAAAAUAACUAAUUAAUAUCUGCGGUGCUGUUUCUGACGAAACAGUCUUAAAUAAAAUCCUUAAUUAUCAAUAAUUCAAAUUAUACGAUGACAAUCGCACAAAGUUGACGCAGUUUUUGCAGAGGAACGAGUGACGUAAAAUUGCAAAAUAAAACUCGUUAACAGUAAUUAUACAGGUUAGAAAAUUACAUAGGUUACUAUACAGUUAUAUUAUUUUGACGGUAAAUUUUUGAACAGCCAAAGAAAAUUGCACACCUCCAAAAAUGUAGGCGCUAAGGCUGUUCUUCGAUUUUUAUUUCUCUAAACUUGACCGUGGGAAACUUUGGAAUAAAAAAGUUGCGAUGAUCUGAAUCAUGUCCGCAUUUCAUCCAACUUAAUAAUUGAUUCCAAGAAAGAAAUAUACAACAGCCCCUGCAGGAUCAUGAUCGAUGUAUCACCUCGGUUUCAGAUUUGAACUUCCUCGUACUGCUUUUCAUCGACUGUCAUACUUGAGAAUAUUUUCCUAUUUAGUACGCAGAAUUAAAAAGUAUAGAGCGAAUCGAAUAUCAGACCUAUAAAACCCCUUGCAUUUACUCAGAAUUAUACAGUGCCCUCGUCAUCGAUAAUUGUUGAUCUGGAGUCUGAGAUAACGUAGAGAACAAUACGUUUCGCGUCUUCGAGGAUCAUCAGGCACAGAUAAAAUCAUCCCACAGCAAUAUCAUGAAUGGUCAAUAUUUUCCCCGAGUUCCGGUUAACCCAAGACUGGAAUUUGGGGUACCUUUGAAUUACGUUUGUCCGAAGGGUCGUUUGCAUCAGGGUCUCCAGGAUCUAUUUUUGAAAGCUUAUCUGAGCAUCGAGGGUGACGAUCUACAGGAUCAUUCGAUUAGAGAAUCAUCUGGAAUUCUCCUAAAUGUAUUAAACGCGUUGAGACCUGGUCAAAAAGGACAGGGAAGUGUCGAGGAUAGAAUUUUAUUGAAAUCAAAAUUAGAAUGUGGAAAAUGGAUUCUCGCUGCCCAGACGCCUCCAGGCGCGCCAUUGUGGUUGCUACGUCAUUUUCUGGGCUGUCUUCCGCGUCCUCUUUUGAACGAAGGACAAUGGGGAUCGAUAGCUAUUUCCUGUAAAACGGGCUUGAAAAACGAUCGUCGAAAAAUGGAAGUUUCGAACACCAUUUUAGGGUAGAUAUUAUCGUAAUAACGCUCCGCAGCGGCUGCUGACGGAAAAAAAGCUCAGUUUUUGAAACAAUUAUUCUUUACUUCUAGAGCUCUGGGGUGUUUAGCUAAGGAAAAUUAUUCCAUCUUAUC